UGUGAUUGCUGUUUGUUACCCGUAAAUAAUCUAUUGUUUUCUGUUAUAUUAAUUAAGAUAUUUCCUGUCUCAAAAGUUUUGCAGGUAGCAAUCUUUGAUUCAACUUUUCUUCGUAAGAAUAUGGUUUUGAUGAUAAGUGAUGAUUAUUCUCUCUCUUCACACUUAUCAGAAGCUGGCUCGAAAUUAGUUGUGAUCGAUUUCUAUGCUGAUUGGUGCGGUCCUUGCCGAUACAUAGCACCGAUUUUCGAGCAGUUUUCUCAGCAGUAUACUGAAGCUGUGUUCGUUAAAGUCAAUGUCGAUCUUUGUCGUCAAACGUCAGCUGUAUAUGGAGUGAGUGCGAUGCCGACAUUCGUUUUUGUGAGGAACAAUCAAGAAGUUGAUCGUAUGAUGGGUGCCGAUGUAUCUGAGUUGGAACGAAAAAUUAUGCAGCAUUUAUCGAGAAAUACAACCUCUUUAGAUUCUCAGAAGGUUGCAACGCAUCAAGAAAGACAGUUUCUGGAGAAGUUCGUACAGUUCUCGCAUCGAAUGGAGGUCUAUGAAGAUGAAGUGGCACAGACACUUGCACUUAGUGUUAUGCCUUCAGAAAAGCUAAAAGAAAAAAGUUGUAAUCUUGGUGAAGUGAAUCAACUUGAAUUACUCAAAAAUCUGUUACGUUGGUUCAAAGUUGACUUUUUCAACUGGGUUGAUACUCCCAAAUGUGAAAUGUGUGGCACUGUAACAUCAUCAUCUUCGAGAAUAAAAGGAAUGCCAACAGAUGAAGAGAAAGAGUUUGGUGCUGAUCGGGUAGAGGUUUAUAAUUGCCAGCACUGUUCGAAAGAGGUUCGAUUCCCGCGUUACAAUGAUCCAGUCAAACUCCUCGAAACCAGGAGGGGUCGUUGCGGAGAGUGGGCGAAUUGUUUUGCUCUGUGCUGUCGAGCUCUUCAAUUCGAAACAAGAUGGGUUCAUGACGAAAGUGAUCACGUUUGGUGUGAAGUUUGGAUGAAUGAUAUGGAUAGAUGGAUACAUUGUGAUCCUUGUGAAAACGUUCUAGAUACUCCUCUUUUGUAUGAAAAGGGAUGGGGUAAGAAGCUUAAUUAUGUAAUCGCAUUUGGAUUGGAUCACAUUCGAGAUGUUACAUGGAGGUAUACAUUCGACCACCUGAAAACUAUCAAAAGAAGAACUGCAUGCAGAGAAGCAAUUUUGCGCAAUUUCUUUAAGAAACUGAAUGCUCGCUUCGAGCGAGUGAUGACAGCAGAAAGAAAGAAGGAACUAGAUCGACGUUAUUUAAACGAACUUAUCGAGUUUCUCAGCCCGAAUUUGCAAUUACGUGGUGAAAGCUCGAGCGAAUAUCAAGGAAGAACUACGGGUUCUGUGGAGUGGCGAGAGAAAAGGAAUGAAUUAGGUGUCAAGUCGGAAUCAUGUAAAUCCACUUCGACAAUACUGAGACCCAACGACAAUGAACUUGCCGACAAAAUUUUCAGGCAGUUUUUGUUUUACAGACUGGAAUAUAAUUGUGCCAAAGAUGAAUAUAAACGAGGUGAAAAUGUGAUAGGAGGAUGGGAGAAUCUUAUCAGUAAGCACAAAGAUGUUUUUCGUAAAGAAGAAGUAGAUUGGAAGAUGUGCUAUUUGUGUCGAAGAGAGGGAAAGUCUAAUGGCGAAUUAUGUUGGUCCUUUGAUUUGGACGGACUUAGCAUCAAGACAUUUUCAGUUCAGCUAAACGGAAUUACCAAAUAUGAAGACGGUAAUAUACUGGUAUUGGUUUGUUGUGGAGAUACUUGCAAUAUGUUGCCUGAGUCAGGACAUUUAACGAUCGAAUCGCCGAAAGAUGGUCGUAUCGAUGUGAAAGUUUUGUUCUCUGGUGGAAUUGGUCAGUUAGCUUGGCAACACGCGCAACUUUUUAGGAGUGAAUUGAAAUCGUGUGAGGCGGAUUUUAUCGGUGAUGACAAAGCUCGUAAUCAUGAACAUGAAUAUUUAAACUUAAAAGUGUUCCAAGAGGAGAACAGUCAAGAACGCGGCAUGAUAGGCCAUACCGUAGACCAUGCUAAACAUAAAGAUUGUUCGCUAUCAGAUUCAUUGUUAAAUGCUUUUCCUGACUGUAAAUCGAAAUUGGAAUGGAUGCAAAGUGGUUGGAAAACACAUUCGUGUUAUGCACAGAAUGGUGUAAAUGGUUCACUGUGUUCAUUUGUUAUUUAUUUAUCGGAAGUGGAACAUCAUUGUCCGGUUCUUGAGUGGCGCAAAAGAAUAUUCAAACCACAUGAACGGCAAUAUAUUCCCGCUAAGAUACAGCGAAACGUGAGUGCUCUGAUGGAUUUAAUGUUCGAUAAUGAUGUGAAUUAUCAGUUUAUCAAAGGACGCAUCUCGCGGUUGUGGCCAAGAUGGCUGAGCGCUUAUGACGAUAAUUUAUUGCGAUGGCCAAAAACCCUUAUCAAUAGACGAAAACUUAACAUUGUCAUUCAUAUGGGUUUUUUGUCGAAAGAAAGUGGUUUCAAGUUCGGUGAAAAAGCAACUGCUGGUGGCCCACUUGGUGAGUUGGUUCAGUGGUCAGAUCUUAUAUCAGCGCUCUAUAUUCUCGGUCAUAAUUUGUUUAUCUCUACCGAAUAUGAUGCUUUUAAACACAAUAUGGCUACUUUUUCCAACGUGACACCUUGUGAUGUUAGUUCCAAUCGAAGUUUGGGUGUUGUCUUCACGGACAUCGUGGGUGUACGUUAUAUGCGUAGACAUAUGAAGCAGUUCUUCCUGGAAAAAAAGUGUUUAUUACGGGUGUUGGAUUCGUUUGGAACACAUGCAGAAUUCAAUUCACCGUUGUACUUUUCGACACACAAACACGAACUGGGUGGUCGUACAAAUCCGUGGGGUGGGAACGGCCUCGAGUUGCAACAGUUUAUGACCAUGUAUCCACACACCGACGAUAAUACGUUUCUUGGGUUCGUUGUCGAAACGCAUAGUGUUAACGAGUCAUCAGUGAGAACGAAUGAUACAUUGGUUUAUGGGAAAGAAAUUUAUAUGUGGAAUGGAUCUGAGAAGUUGCUGGAUAAAGUGAACGAGCUGAGUCAACUUCACGCAACAGUCGCUGACAUGAAUGAAUUUGCCACUCAGCGAGUUUUUAAUCAUGGUCUGUUGAAUGGUUUCGAGUGGCAUUCUUUACUGCGACGAGUGAAGAUAUUCCUUGGCCUCGGAUUUCCCCUUGAGGGACCUGCACCACUGGAAGCAAUUGCGAAUGGUGCAAUUUUCAUCAAUCCAAUAUUCAAACCUUCAAAAUCACGCAAAUCAUAUGCAUUCUUCGCCGAGAAACCUACGCUUCGUGAGUUAACCAGUCAAAAUCCAUACGUUGAACGAUUUAUCGGUCGUCCACAUGUGAUCACAGUUGAUAUUACGAAUAUGAGCGCAGUCGAGAAAGCAGUGCGUGAAGCUCUUUCUUACGAGUCGAUCCCGUAUUUACCUUUCGAAUUCACUGCGAGUGGUAUGUUGCAACGUGUUAAUAUUCUUAUCAACAAACAAAAUUUUUGUGGCAAAUCAGCGUUUCCACCUAAUCAAGCACUAAAAGUUGUUUAUGCAAACCGGUCGCAGUCUUGUGAAAAGGCUUGUAGCACCAAUGGCUUGAUUUGUGAACGUUCGUUUUUCGAUCUUCUUAAUCAAGACUCUGUUGUGAAUAGAACUAAUGAUUGUGAAGAAAUCAAGAAAAUUGCCUCUCCACUCGCGCCAUAUAAGUGCCAUAUUCAAGCUGAACGAAUGCUGUUCAGUUGUGCAUCUGUACCUCAUGAUAGUUGGACCGAGCGUAUUUGUCCGUGCCGAGAUUUCAUACGAGGUCAAAAUGCACUGUGUUCGCUUUGUUUGUUUUGA